UGUUAUCAUUCUUAUCUCACUGUGUCCGUAUGUAAUGUAAUGGACACAGCACACUUGAUGACUUGGCCUUCAUCAAGAACUUCAUUUUGCUGCUUCAAUGGCCAAUGGCGUCACCUAAAUACUAUAAAUCUCCGCUCUUUCCAAAUCUCUUGCUAUAACCGUCGUUUCCAUGAUCCUAAGAAACGUACAAGACCAGCUUCCGAUCAGAAACUGGAGAUGGUGAUCGAUCUCGAAGAGCUGGCCGAUCGAGCUUCAACAUCGCUUCAAAGAGUCCUCAGCUCAUCCGAAUUGAAAUUCCGCAGAUUCGUUUCGUCUGGUAGAGAAGCGUUCAAGGACUUGCAGACUCUGAUAACCGUCGAUGCCGAUCGAAGGGUUGUAAUCUCGUGUCGCCGUUCGUCACUUCAGUUCCUCGCGAGUUUCGUUCUUUGGAGUUGGAUUAUUGUUUUUGCUGUUAGGGUUUUGGUGAAGGUAGUAGGGUUAGGGUUUCGGUCUGGUUUUGGGUUUGUUUAUGGGUUGCCUUUGGUUCGGAGGGAUCGGAGUCUUGGUGGGAGAGAAGUUUUUGUUGGGAGGAGGAGACCAUUCAUAGAGCGGGAGGAGAAGAAGAAGGAUUUUAGAGUUGCUUCGGUUAAUCCUCUGUCACCUGCUCGAGGUAAUGUGACGAGAGUUGCAGAGGUGGGGAAGCAGAAACCAGUUUUAGGUCAGGAGAAGAAAAAGAAGCUGCCGAAUUGGUGGCCGGUUGAGCUUCCUUUGCCUGCCCUGACGAUGAACAAGCAAGAGUUUCAGAUUGAAGCCAAUAGAUUAAUACGAGCAAUCUUGGACAAUAGAAUGAGCGGAGAGGACAUUGUGGAAGAUGAUGUAAUUCAAUUACGUAGAAUAUGUAAGACUUCUGGUGCAAGGGUCUGCAUUGAGACAGCUAACACACGGGAUUCCUUCUACCGUGCCUCAGUUGAAUUUGUUCUGAACACUUGUAGCAGUUCAAUGAGCAAUUCUCUAGUUCAGAUUGAUAACGAGGAUCCCCGUCAAUUUGUUGCUGGGCUUGCUGAUAACAUUGGGCUGGACAACAACCGUGCUGCUACAAUUGUGUCUGCAGCCGUUGCUGCACGCACUCGUUCACAAUUUUUGCAGUCAUGGGCACUAGAAAUGCAAGGGAAACAUUCAGAUGCAAUGGUGGAACUGCUAAAAAUCUGUCGCGUUCACCGGGUAUUUCCUCCAGCGGAGUCCUCGCCUGAGAUGGAGAUGGUAGCUCGAGGCCUUGAAAAACAUUUAAGAGCAGAUCAAAGGGAAUUUUUGUUGACUCAAUAUAUGGAGUUGUGCGGUGUUGAGAAUCAGCAAAGUGUGGCAGAAGCUCUUGGACUGGAAAGGAAGCUUUUGUAAUUCUUUUUUAUUUCUUAUUGAGACAUGAUCUAGAUCAGCAUAAAUUAAAUUUUUUUUUCUGUAGCAAA